UAGUGGAACAUGCACCCACCACACACACACACACAUGUGCAUGACUCACGCACACACACAAAGCUGCUCUCUCGCUCCCAGGCUGAAGGGAUGCAGAGGGUUUUUAUUCCUUUAAGGAGGGAGAUCAUGUGGUGCGGGUCUGUGCUGAGCAGAGGUGACCCCCUGGAACAGAGAGAGGAUGCAGAGAAGAGAGAUCAGCAAACUAAACGAGAGACAGAGAGAGAGAGAGGAGAGAGAUAGAGACAGAGAAGAGAGAUCAGCAAACUAAACGAGAGAGACAGAGAGAGAGAGGAGAUAGAGAGAUACAGAGAAGAGAGAUCAGCAAACUAAACACUAAAGAGAGAGAGAGAAGAGAGAGAGAUCAGCAAACCAAUCGCUAGAGAGAGAGAAGAGAGAAAGAGAGAGAGAGAAGAGAGAGAGAGAGAGAGAGAGGGAGAGAGGAAGGAAAUGCAAGCCACAAGCCGCUUUCAGCGAGCGAGGGAGCUCAGACCCAGCUAGAUAUGUGAAAGGCUUCUUUCUCACGCUGUCUCAGAGGGCAGAGGCACAGUGAGAGCACCGCUCCAGGAUCGAGAGCACCCUGGAAUCGUUAUCCAUCCGCAGAGCGCUGGAGCAGAGAGAGAGAGAGAGAGAGAGAGAGAGGGAGGCAGAGCUGAAGGCCGAUCCUCUUCCUCCUCCUCCUCUCCACAUUCUAGACGAGUGUCUGUCUCUCCCUCCAUCACUCAUCACUCCACCUUGAGAAACACAGGGAGAGAUGGGGAGGGUACAGUGUGCUGACUGUGAAGCGUGCCGAGGGAGCCUCGAUCACAAGAACACAGUGCAGAGUUCAGCAAACAGGAACUCGCUGCAAAAAUCUUCUUAUUCGUCUGAAAGAGCUUUAACAACAGAGGACCCGGUCUGAUAUUCCCAGGCUAACACACCUCCACUCCACCAGGGGCAGCACCUUCCCAGGGCUGGGGUCGUAGGAGAGCCGCAGGAGGCCCACGAGACCUCACAGGCCGGGCAGACCUCCACACCAGGAGGGGGCAGCGUUGGGGAUCUCUAUGGCUCAGGGGGACAGCGAGGGGGAGGACACUACCCAGGACUUUAUAAAGUGUACGAAACCCAGACAAGGGAACACACGCUGAAUACCCUGCCGCUCUGUUCUCUUCUCCAUCGCCCUCUAGUGACCACACUAGAAAUCUACAACACCUCCAAGCACCGCUUUCCUGCAGCACUCAGAGUGGCUCUUCAGACUUCAUUACAGUUCGAAGUACACACUGUUUCAUCACUCCUGAAAAACACUGGGACACCACGAGACUGCCCCGCCCAGGCCCAGAGGGAGAGGCAGACUUCCUUGAAGGGUGAUUCUUAUCAUUCCCGAAUUCACACACUCCCAGAACAGGAAUAUCCAGAGUCCCAUCCCUGCUCAGGGUCUGAACUGCAGUCAGGCAGGGUCUGGCCAGUCAGGGGCUGAGAGGACAGGGGGAGCUGGGAGGGGGAGCUGGGCUUCUGCAAAACUUUAAAAAAAAUCUUUUAAGUUAAAGAACUGUUCCAGGAAGCAACACUGUAAAAUUCACUCAAGUAAGAGAUAUAUAUAUAUAUAUACCGGUAUAUAAAUGUAUGUGUGUGUGUGUGUGUGUGUGUGUGUGUGUGUGUGUGUUUGUAUGCAGUAUUUAAGAGCACACUGAGCUGAAAGGUUACAGUAAGUGUUUAAUUAAGAGUUACAGGUCGUUUGCUACUGAAUCUCCAUCUGUAACCUUGCACUGGAAUUAACAGCUAAAUGACUGACUGAUCUGUUCUAGACUGUAUUCACUCAACUCAGUGAAUAAACCAACAAACCAGCAAGACUUCCUUCAGGUUCCCUGGAGACAAGCCUGCUGCCCUCUGGAGAGACAGGGGUACUGCGCUUUUAUUAUGUGCUUUAAGUACUGCAGGCUUCGAGACAAAGUAAAACGUCUUACUGACUCACUGACUGACUCCAGGGAGCUUUGAAAAGCCUGGAGGCCACGCAUGCACAGACUGCUGCAGGUUUUUUUGUUCUAGAAAGAAUUCUGUAUCCAAACUGUAUUGGUGCAAACAUAAGGACUAUAACUGGAUAUACUGCCCCCCUACUGGGCUAACUGGAAUUACAACGAGCAGGUGUUUGCUGAGCACUUGAGAAGCACAGACUAAGGAGGCCGUUUCCCUGGGAUCUGAAUUAACCCCUCGGCUUGGUGGAAGUACAGAGCUGUGUGUCAGUACUGGGGGGGACAGCGCGCUGGUCAGGGUAACGAUGGACGCUGCGUUUGAACCGAGCUCACAGUCUGACGGCUGACCUUCGCUCUGCGGACACACUGACCAGACAAGCGCAUGUCCUGCCUGAGGCUCCAGCCUGUGUCUAUCCCCAUGGACACGGUGAAGAUCAUCCAGUCGGAGAAGUUCCCCCCCCUGCGGCGCGAGCCCCCCCGGGCCGCCUGGCCGUCCGAGUCCGAGGUGAUCGUGAACCAGGGGUGCGGAGAGCUGGCGCUCGACGGAGGGGGUGCGGGCGCGGGGGGGACUCCGCCAGCCCCCUCCCGGAGGGAGAGAGUCGGGUAUCUCAGCCAGCGCAAGCCCAGCGCUGCCGAGCUCUGCUUCCACAACCAGUUCCACUGCAAGGCAGCGGACGACGUGAUCGUGAACCAGUACGUGCUGCGCUCUGCCUCGGGCACGCCCUGCGAGCCGCUGGAGUGCCCCACCUGCGGGCACACCUACAACCUGACGGGCAAGCGGCCGCGCAUCCUGUCCUGCCUGCACUCGGUGUGCGAGGAGUGCCUGCAGAUCCUCUACGAGUCCUGCCCCAAGUACAAGUUCAUCUCCUGCCCGACCUGCCGGCGCGAGACCGUGCUCUUCACUGACUACGGGCUGGCCGCGCUCGCCGUCAACACCAGCAUCCUGAACCGGCUACCAGCCGAGGCGGGGCUGGGGCCCUCCAACCCGGUGCAGUGGGGGGGAGACUCGGACCGCAGCUGCUACCAGACCGUGCGCCAGUACUGCCAGUCCGCAUGCACCUGCCAGCUCGCCAACCCGCUGUCUUCCUGCGCCAUCAUGUAGCCGCCCAGCCCGGGACAGUACAGACACACACAGCAGAUAUAUAUCUAUAUAUUUAAUAGAAACAAAUAGGGUUAUUAUAUGGACAUAGGUAACGAGGGAGGGAUAACUGAAAGCCAAUAAAUGUAUUUUCUGUA